UAGAACGGUAUGCAGUGGAUAUCGGAUUUAGGUCAUGAAGUGAGGUUUUUAGGCAUGGAAGACCAUGCCACUGUUUGUGGGUUAGACGACUCUCUGUGUAACUCUGUGCCGGCCGUCAGUCCGUGAUCACAAUGUCCACACACUCGACUGCCAGAACAAGAAACAGCAUAAUAGUGACAACAUUCAACUGAAGGGAAAGAAAGGUGAAUUUAUUAAGUUUUCAGAACUUCUAUAAGAAAAAGAACAAAACCAGAAGACUACAAAAGAACAUUUUGGAGCUACCAUGAUUACAACAAGCCGCCGAAAGCAGACUAAGCCAAUCCGUGUGUACGAGGACUAUGGAUCAAUACUUCCACCCGUGACGGCCCCGGGGGAGCAGUACCCGUAUUCGAAUGGUAGCAGUGCAGCGCGUGACGACAGCGGCACACAGGAUGAUGACAUGCCAAUGGAUCUCCACAUCUCCAUCAUCUCAUGCAGCAGGUGUCCGGAAACAUUCCCCACCCAGGACGAUCUCGCUCGCCACACGGCCGCCAUUCACACGAAGCCGCCCAGUUUGGAGAAACCGAAGGAGGAAGAUAAAGGUUACCCAACCGCGUACCAUCGACUGGGCCGUGAGUUCCAACAGGAGACCACGUUCUUGAAUGGUCAUGAAGACCAGACGGUUCCUGUCAGUGACAUGCUGCCGGACCCUAGCCAGCCAGACUGUAAAGAACUGUUGGGAGUACCUGUUAGUAAAGGUGAUGGGAGCAGGAUCUUUCACCAGGAUGCAUUCUGUGAACUGUGUGAACGAGAGUUCUGCAAUAAGUAUUUUCUCAAGACUCACAAAGCCAAUAAACAUGGAAUAUAUGAGAACUCGACAUCUCCGUUCAGCAUGAAUUCUACAUCGGGAUCAUCUCCAGUCAGUAUGGUCAUGCCUCCAGAGCCACCCAUGCAGUUACCCAUUUCGUUAAAAGUGGAGCAACCUUUGUCCAAACCAAUUCUUGCAUUUCCAAAAAGUGAGCCAAAGCUUUCAACCACUGUUAAACUGGAGGCAACAAAACCUGAAGUCCCAAUUCAGAAGCCAGCGCCAGAGAUAAAGAGAGAACCAGUUGUGAACAAAGUACCCAACACCAGCGUCAUCACCACUGCUGUUGUCACUACCACCACCAGCAGCAGCAGCAGCAGCAACAACAACAACAACAACAGCGCAUCUGUCCCAAGACUGGAUAUGGAAGACUACUGUGAAAUUUGUCAGAAACAUUUUUGCAACAAAUACUACCUCAAGAAACACAAGCAAGAUGUCCAUGGUAUUGUGCCUGAAAACCCAACCACACCGCAGUCUGGCAAACGUAGACACAUACCUUCUUCUAUUGCAGGACUCGAUGGUCUGCCAACAAUGUCGGCAGUGUCCACCUCGUCACAGAUGAUCCUGCCUCCACCUGUUGUGAAUAUGGGUCUGCCGAACAUGCCUCUGAAUAUGCCAGGUGUUAUGGUCCUGAACCCUUUCAUGCCUCCUGUUGCUAUCAUUUCCGCACAAUCACUGCUUCCCCAGCAGCCAGGCCACAGCCAGCCGUCUGCCAUCAUCUCCCAGCCACUGCCUGUGUGUUCUGUUUCUGAGGCGCCUUGUAUCACGGCAGCCUCCAUCAUCACCACAUCCACUUCGACAUCCUCUCCUCAUGACUCCUCAGGUAACUUGGAACAACAGUCCAAGAUGCUGCCUUCAGUUACAAAUGAUGCACUUCGGGGAAUUGGUGUUCUCAAUGCUGAAGCCUAUUGUGAACUUUGCCGGAAAGAGUUCUGUAACAAGUACUUUCUCAAAGUGCACCGAGCCAAUAAACAUGGAAUAUUCAGUGACGACCUCUGUUCUUCAUUACCAUUUGGAAUGUCUUGUGAAGCGCUUGAUGCCUCAAUGCUAGCUGGUGUCAAGAUGCCUUUAAACAUGAAGAUGGAACCUGGAUCACAGCCUAGUCCAAACGCUGCUUCAAACUCAGAAUCACCAGUUACAUUCUGCAACCUUUGCAAUACAGAGUUCUCCAGUAAGUAUUCAUACAAGAUCCACAGAAUGAACGUACAUGGAAUGCUUAACGAGAGUCUGUUUGAUGGAUCAGACUUACCCAUGUCGGCCACUGACCUCAGUGGUUCAGAAGGACUGUUGAAGGUUGCAGCUGAAGCUCAUAUGGCUGAAUUGAAAGCAUCUGGCACUGGAACAAGUAGUGCAGGAGAUACCAGUGCUACAACUAUAUUUGGCAACAUGAUAGCUGCAAAGCUAGCCGAUAGAGUCAUCUGUGACAUCUGCAAUAAAGAACUAACCAACAAGUAUUUUCUCAAGGCCCAUAAGCUCCGAGUUCACGGCAUUGAUUUGAGUCCACAGGAAAAGGCUGCAGAGGCUGCUGCAGCCGCAGUAUUUGCCAGUGGGAAGCAGAUACCAAUCUCUGCAUCAGGGAUGAAGAUUCCUGUUUCAACCCCCAAGGACCAGAGAGAUCUGUCCAUCAUCACUGCGGAAAUGAUAACCCAGGAUAUCCUGCAGCGGUCCCAAACUCUUAACCUGAGUAAGAAGCAGCAUGACUUGAGUCACCUCACUCCAGAAUCUUCAACUGAAAAACCAUCCAGUGAUGAGCUUGUCAAGCUGGGCAUUGAUCCUGAGGCGUAUUGUGAAAUCUGCAAGAAGGAAUUCUGCAGCAAGUACUUUCUGCGAACACACAAGUUGAACAUUCAUGGCAUUCGUUCAGACAAACUAGAUAGUGAACCAGCAACAAAAGUCAGCAUGCCCUACAGCAGUGCUCCAAAAAACAUUCUGCCAAAAUCUUCAUCCAUGGGAAUGUCCAAUAUCCCCAACACAGUGAACAAUCUGACAAGCAGUUUCCAUAACAGCCUUUUAAGCAGCAGCCUCUUCAGUAUGGCGGGAUUCAAUCCAUUUGGUGCACAAGGAGGAAUGCCUGGAUUUCCUGGUCUGCCAGGAUUUCCAGGAAUGCCAAGCUUACCUGGACUCAAUCUGACCUCAAGCCUCUUUGGAAAUACUCAUAGUAUCAGCAGCAGCAGCAGCAACAGCAAAUUAAAGGACCACUUGAAGGAGAGUCGCAGCAGUAAAGAGACAUCUGGGAACAACUGCAGUAAGGAAGGCCCCGCCAUGAGUCCAGUGACUACUAAUUCAGCCACUAGCCCAGUCACCAGUUCAGCCAGUGGUUCCAAUAUUAAUGGCAACAGUAGCAGCAAGAGUAAGGAAGGUUUUGAGCGUCACACAUGGAGAUGGAAGGAACCGGCUAAUUCUUCCAGAGUGUCAUGUGAGAUCUGCAAUAAGGAGCUGUGUAAUAAGUACUUUUUGAGGACACACAAACUAAACAAACAUGGAAUAGUUCCCAGUGUAGGAAGCAACUCCCCUGCACCAUCGGACACUGAAACUGCCAGCAAUGCUUCAUCGAGUGAAAAACCUGAUCUUGGUAUGCCUGACAAGAAUGGGCAGACACCAUCUCACACCCCUAAACAAGACCACUCUCCACUACCAUCACCAGGUGAAGACAAAUCGGAGAAACCUUCUAGUUUAUUCAAACCAACCCAGCUGUUCAAGUUUAAGGCGGAAGAUGACAUUCUUAACAGCCGCAGUUACAACAGCUUUGCAGAGAUUUGUAACAUUUGUGAUCGUCGCUUUAAGAAUGACCACUGGCUGAAGGCACACAUUAUGAAAGACCACAGUGGCUGGCCAAUGAUGGACAUGUACAAGUUUGGUGGUUCCACACCCACAAUUGAAGGGUCUGUCCUGGGAGUCCCUGACCCUAAGACCUGCCAGGUAUGUGGACUCCAGUUCCCCAGUGAGCUCUCCAUGCAGCUUCACCUGAUCCAGGAGCACAAUGCACAGGUCACUCUCAAGGAAGAUGGCGACGCAUCGGCUAGUGGUGAUGAAUGUCCGGUCACUAAUUUUGGCUACGGUCUUGGAUUUAAAAAACGGGUAUCCAGAACAGACAAGCUGAAGAUGUACGUCUGUCUGAUCUGCAACUUCAAGACAAGGUGGAUCUCGAACCUCUAUGAGCAUGAGAAGACUGUGCAUAAUGUAUAUAAGAAUACCAAGUUGUGUCCUAAGUCAUUCCCAAGUAAACAUGUGGUGAAUCGUCAUGCGGAGAACAUGCAUGGGGACAAACCUCUUGAUAUCUCAAGCUCAGGGAGUAGGAAAGUGUCACAGCCAAUUCGCAGAUUUAGGUGUGUCAUAUGUGGGGAGAGAUUCCUGUCGCGUGCUGUCUGCAAUAAGCACUUGAGACAAGUGCACAUUCGCAGCCUGAAGGACUUUAGUCCACCAGUGAAGUCAAAGCAUUCGUGCAGCAUGUGUAAGUUUUCCACAUUCUACCCUCAGCUGCUGCAGCACCACACAAUUCGAAGUCAUGAUCAAGCUCAGACCCAGUUUAAGACUGUAAAUCACAAACAUGAACAGCUGGAUGAGUUUGAUGAUGAGGAGGAUGACAAGUUGGUCGUUAGGAAGGAGAUCAUCGUCAACAACGUCAGUGACGCCCCAGUCGUCCAGAGCUUCAACUUGGACGUGAAAAAGCCAGACAGUAUUUUCUUGCCAGCUGUUGCUAAGAUGCCAGUGCGUGAGAAGGUGGACAAGGUGAUGGCUGUGACCUUUGUCCUAACACCUGUUAACCCUUAAACUGCUAUCUGCAUGUAGCCUUCACAUUGAGUGAACUUGUUGUUCGCAUACCUCAGGAAAUUUGUGUGAUGUCUAGGUCCACAAUUUGUGAGUGCAAUUAUUAAGUUGUUUUUUUGUUUUUUUUCUCCAUUUUUAAAAAUCAUUUGACAUUGUGAUUGACUUCCAAAACAAACAAGCAUGUGUGUCCGUGUGUGGUGUGCUCCAGUAUAUCGUGUGCAACUAUUUUCUUUUAACAUAUAUAGAGUUAAUCUGAGAUUCAGACCUCGAUCUGUGUUUGUGUGAAGGCAGCAUAUUCCUCCCCAUUAGAAAGUAACUUGGUUGUUUCUUUAUGUCCGCUUUAUGAUGGCUGUACUUUCACCAUAUGAUGAUGAUAAUAAUAAUACUGUGAAUAAAAUAAUGGCAUGGAAAAACAACCAACCUACUUUCUUAUACCUACAUGAAUCUCAGUAUUAAAUGCAUAUUAUAUGAAUGACACUGAAUCCAAGCAUAAUGAAGUCAUAAAGCAGUAAUGAAGUUGUGGCUUUGAUCUUUGAUCAUGAUUUGCAUUAAAAGAAACCAUGUCCAUAUUAAUUUACACAAUUUAAAAUGUCAGUAUAGUUCUUCACACUGGUUGAUAUUAAUGCAAUAUUUAUUUUCCUGUUUUUGGCAAUGUUUUUUGACUGAAAAUGUAACAAUAUUCCGACUGUUUAUUUAUUUUGCUGUGUAAUACUCCUUGGCUGUUAUUACCUGCUGUGCAGAUAUCCUCCAUCCACUGAGCUGGAUCCCAUUGUUAUUGGCAUUACUAUCAAACUAUAUUGGAGACUUCUUGACCGUCACAUAUCUUGAGGUGAUGAUACAUGCACAAAAUAUGUUAUCAUUUUUCAGUAACCAAGAUUUAUACUUGCUGUUCAUUCCCUUCCAAUGAAAUUGUCAAAUCCAUUAUUAUAUUCAAAAUCAUAUAGCCGUGCAAGAUGGAGUCCAAGUGAAUUUCCAACAAAGACUAUUGGCCUGUACCAUUGUCAACAUGGUCACAUGAAGUUUGAAAACUAGGUGUCCACACUAUAAGAAUAUUGGUAUGAACACUAUAAGGAUAUCUAGUGUCAGCAUGAUGAUAUCAGGUGUCAACACGGUGAUGAUAGCAAGUGUUGACAUGGUUGUAUGAAAUUUCAAAACUGAUACCAAGUGUCAGCACUACAAUGGUGUCAGUGUCAGUCAACUGUGAUGUUGCCCAUUGUCAACACUUAUGAUAUCCAGUGUUCAACACUGUCAAUAACAUGAGUUGACUGAUAGGUCUAGAUUUCUAAAAGACUGCCAUUUAAGAAUGCCAUGAAAAAGAGAAAUCUUCACAGUGUGUAACUGAUAAUCACUAAUCAGGUUCUUUGUUCCCAGAUCAUUGCCCCCUCCCUCCCUUCCCCAAACAUUGCCCCCUCCCUCCCUUCCCCAAACAUUGCCCCCUCCCUCCCCCAGGCAUUGCCCCUUCCCACCCUCCCUCCCUCUACACUGUUGUUUCAUAAUCUGCCCUCCAGUCAGUGAUCAGUGUUCUCAUCAAAACACUGGCACUGAGUUUAUUUUCUACUCCUCAGUUUCUCUGUUUAAACUAAUCUCUUGUCAUCCUAUUAGGGGGAUUCUAGUGUAAUGUUUCAUUCUGUCCUUUAUUGGGAACAACCUGCAUAUCAUUAUGUUGACAAACACUAGGCUUUAACUUGUUGACCAUAUUGUCAAACAUGAACUAAAGUUAGAUUUGGACGAAACACUUGGCCUUGUAGUCAUCCAUGUUAUUCCUAACUAGUUCAUCUUUUAUUCACACAGUUUGACAAAAUUAUGAUCAUAUUUUUUGUCCAGCUGGGAAGGAUUUGAACUUUCAGACAUAGUAAUUGUCAUGAGUUUUCCUUCACUCCCUCAAGUGUUCUAGCAAAACUUAUUUAUUAUAUUAUCAGAAAACCCCCUAAGAAAUAGCUCUGUUGUAAAAAUCUUGCCCACAGUUUAUAAAAGUGUAUGUCCAUAAGUAAUAGUUUGUUUGACAACACCCAUCAUAAUAAGCAUGCACUCUUUGAGAUGGAACUUGAUGGAAACCUUAAUCAGAGGAGCUGUGUUUUCUAAUCAGUCAUAUGGUCUUGUUUUUGCCAUGUUUUUGUUGGAUAUUCUCUACCCUACCUAAUAAUCUGUUCCUUGUAUAUAAGCUUGCAUGACCUUUUACACUUUAAACCCAAAAGGUCAUGUUUGCAGACUGGUAAAACACUUGAGUUAUUACACUGGUUGCCAAGUGCUAUCACAGGCAUUGGAUUUCAACAUGCUGUUGUAAAAUUAAAAUUGUUGCAGUGUGUUAAAAUACGCUAAUAAAGGCUAAAAUAAACAAGUUUAAAAUUGGCUAUUAAACUAUUAGUGGACUGUUUCAACUUAAAGGGACAUUCUAUGUUGCUCUUGUCCAUUUAUACUUACGUCCAUAGAAUUGUCCGUCCAUGUUAUGCAAUAUUUCAAUACUUGUUUCAGAAUUUGAUUCAAAACCUAAUGCAAAAGUAUCUUAAUUUAAAAGCAUUAAGAGAUCACUAAAACUAAACACAGGGUUUUAGGUCACAGUGAAAAUUUAGAACUUGUGUCAGCUUACUGAGGAAAUGAUUUGUUUAUCAUUAUUCACUCGAUGUAUGUAUGGAAGACUAGGUUUUAUUUCAACACUAGGAAAGUCAUUCCAGCACUGACACAUUUUCAAACAACAGUCAAAAACAAAAUACUGACUCACACUUGAUUUGUAUUUUGUUCGUGUUUUGUUCAUCUAAAUAUUUUUUAAAUUUGAUAUGGAGUCAGGAUGGAAAACCAAUCAUGGAUGUGAAUUUAUGAUAAACAAGUUAUUUUUGUGUGGCUUUUUCAAGAUCAAAAAUAGAGUAAUGGUUUCGUGUUGAUAGUUUUAACACUGAUUGUAGUAUUAUGAUGGUUGGAGGUGCAAGCUGCAAUCAUGUUUUUUUUUUCAACAACAAAAUUUAUAAACUGUUCAGCCAUUUUGUUUUCUAGUAUUUGAUUUUGUGAUUGGUUGUUAUGAGGUUUGAUAAAUUAUUCCUUUUAUCUGAGAUGGCUAGACCUGAUCUACUUGAUUGUUUGAAAGAGUUUAGUAUUUAUUUUACAGCUGACUAUUGGACUGAUUUUGCCCAUGUUUCAUCUUUGACGUGUGUUUUUUUCAAUACAUAUAUGUAUAUGGCAAUAUUGUGAUCUUUAAGUUAUCUUCGUGUGUGCAGCGUGUGUGAGUUUGCCUAUCAGGAUUGUUACUGUUUAUUUUUUCAUCAAUGACUAUUUCAAUUGUAUUAUAUAAUGUAUAACUUAUACUGUGUAACAUUCUCCUUGGAGUGACAUUCACACUGUAGUCGAGUAGAGAGAGUGAGCGUGCGCGAGAGAAAGCUGUUGAGCAAUCAUUAUCCUGCCUUUUCCCUUUGUAUUUUAUUCCACGGUUGAACAGAUUUCUAUAUUCACUUCCUGAUCACCAUCGUGUGUUAAUUAUUCUCAUUUUUAAGUGAAACAUUUUCCGUGUGCCCAUUACCUAUUUUUGAUAUGCACGUUUGCAGCCACACCCAUUGCUAGCCGAAGUCUUCACCUUUUGUCAAAAUUUAUGGAAAGUUUAAUAUAUAAAUAUAUAUAUAGUCUACAUCAUUUUAUUACAGUGUAUGUGUGUUUAUAAUUGGGCAGUUUAGUUUUUGAAUAACAAAAUGUGCUGUGUGUGUGUGUAUUAAAUAAUAACUCUGGGAGAUUUCUGUGCUUUCACUUGUUCUCAUCGGUACCUUGUGGGGAAUUUCAUUGUUUUAUUUAUGAUGUUGCCACGGUUUCCAGACUUCGUUGCUUUAUUCAUACUCCAUUAUUUUAAGCCCGUCUGCCAGUUCUGUCGUUUUGAAUCUAGAAUUAAUAUGUCGUGUCUCUAAGCUAAAGUGAUUUUGGAAUUGGGGAUUUUAUUUGAUGAAUUCAAAGUGUAUGGAAAUUAUGGAACUUGUCACAGUAAAUUGUCGUUUUGUGACUUAGGGAUAUUUUGGCUUUUUGAGUCCAUUUAAUGUAGCGUCCAUUUAGUGUGUGCUAAUGGACUUCAUUUACAUUGAAUACAUAGAAUUAAACAUUAUUUUAAAAUAAAGCCCAUUUCUAUUUUUUUUCAUUUCUGAUGAAUAUGAGUUAUCAUGAUUUUCAUCCCCCUAAAAAUUGAUUAUUGAAAUUAAAAGAUGUUAAUGUAAUCCUUCCAGACUUGCUUUAAUUGAAUUCAUCUAAAAUAUUUCACUGGACUUCAUGGAAUUAUGGCAGUUUAUUUUGUACAGUAGCUGGGUUUGGUGAUUCUUCUAAUGUUGAAAGACCACCAUGAGAAAGUAAUGUUGCCCAAUCAUUGUAAUUAACGCAUAUUGGCACUAAUAACUUUAUUAUUACACCAUGUGUAAUAGAGUCAUUAUACAUUUAUUUUGCAUAUGUUUACUGUUACGGUCAUUCCAGGUCAGUUCAAACAGUUUUUUGAAAAUUCCCCAUGUAGACCCUUUAAAAUGUUUUGCAUACAUACACAAUAAUACAUAUUAUGAGGCUUUUGGGGGGCAAACAUAUUUACCAUUCACUAGAAUUAGCAAAAACAGACAUAUUUACCAUUCACUACAAUUAGAAAAAACAGACAUAUUUACCAUUCACUACAAUUAGCAAAAAGAGACAUAUUUACCAUUCACUACAAUUAGAAAAAACAGACAUAUUUACCAUUCACUACAUUUAGAAAAAAGAGCCAUAUUUACCAUUCACUGCAAUUAGAAAAAAGAGACAUAUUUAUCAUUCACUAGAAUUAGAAAAAGGAGACAUAUUUACCAUUCACUACAGUUAGAAAAAAGACAUAUUUACCAUUCACUAGAAUUAGCAAAAACAGACAUAUUUACCAUUCACUACAAUUAGAAAAAACAGACAUAUUUACCAUUCACUACAAUUAGCAAAAACAGACAUAUUUACUAUCACUACAAUUAGAAAAAACAGACAUAUUUACCAUUCACUGCAAUUAGAAAAAAAGACAUAUUUACCAUUCACUACAAUUAGAAAAAAACAGACAUAUUUACCAUUCACUACUUUUAGAAAAAAGAGACAUAUUUACCAUUCACUACAAUUAGAAAAAACAGACAUAUUUACCAUUCACUACAGUUAGAAAAAACAGACAUAUUUACCAUUCACUGCAAUUAGAAAAAAGAGACAUAUUUACUAUCACUACAAUUAGAAAAAAAACAUAUUUACCAUUCACUAGAAUUAGCAAAAACAGACAUAUUUACCAUUCACUACAAUUAGAAAAAACAGACAUAUUUACCAUUCACUACAAUUAGAAAAAAACAGACAUAUUUACCAUUCACUGCAAUUAGAAAAAAGAUACAUAUUUACCAUUCACUAGAAUUAGAAAAAAGAGACAUAUUUACCAUUCACUAGAAUUAGAAAAAAGAGACAUAUUUACAUUCACUACAAUUAGAAAAAACAGACAUAUUUACCAUUCACUGCAAUUAGAAAAAAGAGACAUAUUUACCAUUCACUACAAUUAGCAAAAGAGACAUAUUUACCAUUCACUACAAUUAGAAAAAGGAGACACAUUUACCAUUCACUACAAUUAGAAAAAAGAGACAUAUUUACCAUUCACUACAAUUAGAAAAAAGAGACAUAUUUACUAUCACUACAAUUAGAAAAAAGACAUAUUUACCAUUCACUACAAUUAGCAAAAAGAGACAUAUUUACCAUUCACUGCAAUUAGAAAAAUGAGACAUAUUUACUAUCACUACAAUUAGAAAAAAGACAUAUUUACCAUUCACUACAAUUAGCAAAAAAAGACAUAUUUACCAUUCACUGCAAUUAGAAAAAUUAGACAUAUUUACCAUUCACUACAAUUAGAAAAAACAGACAUAUUUACCAUUCACUACAUUUAGAAAAAAGAGCCAUAUUUACCAUUCACUGCAAUUAGAAAAAAGAGACAUAUUUAUCAUUCACUAGAAUUAGAAAAAGGAGACAUAUUUACCAUUCACUACAGUUAGAAAAAAGACAUAUUUACCAUUCACUAGAAUUAGCAAAAACAGACAUAUUUACCAUUCACUACAAUUAGAAAAAACAGACAUAUUUACCAUUCACUACAAUUAGCAAAAACAGACAUAUUUACUAUCACUACAAUUAGAAAAAAAGACAUUUACCAUUCACUACAAUUAGAAAAAACAGACAUAUUUACCAUUCACUGCAAUUAGCAAAAAGAGACAUAUUUACCAUUCACUACAAUUAGCAAAAAGAGACAUAUUUACCAUUCACUACAAUUAGCAAAAAGAGACAUAUUUACCAUUUACAACUUUAGCAUUCAGUUUGUAUAGUAUAUGGGACAUGGUAAUAUGGUAUGAUUUGAUUGUGUGUGUGUGUUAAAUUGACCCACAGACUUAUGAGCAGAUUUUGAAAAAAACAAGACAGUAUGACAUUUUACAAUCAAUACAGCUAGAGAUAAAUCAUUAAAAAAAAACAUUAAAAAGAUUUAAUUUAUGACUAAAUUGCUAUAAAAUGUCAGUUACAGGAUACUUAAAUUAUUGAUUUUUAUUUUAUUUAAUGUGCUGCAAUAACUCAUUCUGACAUUUGACAAAAAGAAAAAGAACAAACCAUUUUAAAUAGUACUAGAUGUGCAUUUGAAAAAAAUAACAAAAACUAUUUUUAUCUCUGGUGUAAAAGUACAUACACAAGUUACAAGUUACUCAGUUUGUAUUUUAAAUAACAAAACAUUUUACAGCAAACAAUACUUUGUCAUUUGGUUAUUUACUGUUUUAUUAAUCUACAGAUUCAUUUGCAUUUUAUUAAUAACCAUUUUUCAAAAUAUCUAAAUAUGCUGGGUUAUUUUAAUUAUUAAUAAAAUAUUACUUUUUUUUAAAGUUAUUUGAAUUUUUUAUUGAAAUACAUUUUUUUAAGUUGAAUAGCAUUCUCUUAUAAGGUUUGAAAUUAACCUGCAUUCCACAUAAUGUAGUACUAGUACUAUAGUUGCUGGAUCAAUUUCAGUGUUAAUAUUCGCAGUGUACAGACAGUUUAUUGAAAUUUCAACCAUGCUCCAGUGAACGCAUUUCAAUGUAUUUUCUGGGUGUGGCUCAGGAUUAAAUGCUUGGCUGCAGUCUAGUCACGAAUAUGUCGGUAUAUUACGGUAUAUUAUGGGAAUUAUGUGUAUUUAAUAUGUCGGUAUAUUACGGGCAUUAUGUGUAUUUAAUAUGCGUGUAUUUAAAUUAAACUGCCAUGGAUUUCCUGCUGCUUUUGCUGGUACAUAUACCGUACAUGUAAACCUAUUUACAUAAUUUGCAUGCAGCAGUUUAUUGGUGAAAUAAAUCAAUUUAUUUUCAUGCAAACUGAUUAAUACAAUGUAAUAUUUUUAUACAAAAUGUUAUUUUUGUUGUUUCAAAUUUAAUGGGUUUUUUAAAGAAUCAAAUGUGAAUGUAAAAUGAAUUAUUUAAUUUGAAUUUUCAAGGAACAGUAAUUUUAAAUAUGUCAUGUUUUCACAUUUAUAGUUUUUGUGGUACAGUACAAAAACCUAGUUAUUAAUGGUUUUUAUGACCCCAGGAAAUCAACAAGUGUGCUUUGUCUCAUGUGCUUUGUUCAGUGCUUUACCUGCCUUCCACCUGUAAUGUGCUUCUGGUGUGCAUGAACAAGUACUUUAAAGAACUGUAAAUGUAAGAUAAUUUAUAAAUAUAACAGAACCUAUAGACAUUGGAGAAUCUGUAAAUGUAAGAGAAUCUAUAAAUGUAAGAGAAUUUAUAAAUGUAAGUGAAUUUAUAAAUAUAAGAGAAUUUAUAAAUGUAAGUGAAUCUAUAAAUAUAAGAGAACCUAUAGACAUUAAAGAAACUAUAAAUGUAAGAGAAUCUAUAAAUGUAAGAGAAUUUAUAAAUGUAAGUGAAUCUAUAAAUAUAAGAGAACCUAUAGACAUUAGAGAAACUAUAAAUGUAAGAGAAUCUAUAAAUGUAAGCGAAAUAGAUAACUAUAAGAGAACUUACAGAUAUAAGAGAACCUGUAAAUGUAAAGAUAACAAACUGGUAACUGCUGCCUUAUGACCAUGUCAGUGUUUUAAAUCUGAUUCACCCUUACUGGUUCCUGUGCUGAUACUUACCAACCUACUCUCUUAUUUCUACUUCUACUUUCAUUUUUCACCUUUCAUCUUUGACCUUUUUGCUGUUAGUCUGGAAUCCGUGAACAUCUGUAAUAAAAGUGAUCAGUGUUACAUGUGAUAUUUAUAGAAUUAACACACUGAAAGAAAUCCCCCACAAGGUACAGUUUUAAACUUGUGCUAGCACAUUGUACCCAGUGUUUCAGUUGUGACCCCGCCCUCUUACCUGUCAAUCAUGUGUGUAUUCUUAUAAAACUCUAUUUUUAAACUCAAGAGUUAAAACAACAUCUUUGAAAUGUUUACAGGGCAUGUUUUUUUUGUGUAGGUCUAGUCUGUUCUGGUCAGAUGAGGCUGGUUGACCGGAAUAAAACCCAAUAUAACCCUGAUACCUCAUGCAAGCAAGCGUAAUAUAAAUAUAGUAUCAACAAUAUGUGUAUUAUUAUCUAUAGUGUACAUCUGUUUGUAUAUAACCAACCCAGAUGUUGAUGUAGGGUUUUAAACUUUAAGUGAACAUGAUUGUAGUGCAUAAUGUUAGCUGUCUAUUUGAGUCAGUACUUUACAUGUAGGUUUGUGUAACUCGGUACAGCCUUCAGACAAGGGGUCACGUAACCCUUCCAAGGCCAAGUCCAUGCAAGUGUGUUAAGCCAGUCAGUGCCAAGUCGAGGAGUUUGAUCAGUCUUUCAAGUGUCAUGUACAUGUUAGUUGCAGUAGUAUUACUCUGAUACUGAUGAAAGUCUCAACAUAGAAACAAAAACAUAAUAUUGUAUUUGUGCACAACAGAAUCCAAGGGAUACUUUGACAAAUGGUACUCAGUUUUGUAAUGGAUAAAAAGUAAAACCCUAUUAAAAUCAGCUGGUAUUUGUUGAGAAAGUUUGAAUGUUUUCGUUAAGAAUGAAAUCAGAUGUGAUACGUUUUUAUUUAUACAAACUUAAUUAUACAUUAGAAUGAAAUAAAAUAUGUGUGAUUACAUCUUAUAAAGUUGACAUUUCAAUUGCUGUAAAACUGUAAGGAACAGUGUUCAAAUUGGUGAGGUCCUGCAAAUAUGACCAUUUUAAAAUUCUUGUCUCUCACACGUGUAGGGAUAAGUAAAUGGGAGUUGAUUAUAUAAAAGUGUUUUAAGAGUUAAACUGCAGUCCAUUAAUCACAGCAUCCCACUGGCUGGAACUGAUCAAACUGCGUCAGUAGGGAUGACUAAAUGGAGUUGAUUAUAUAAAAGUGUUUUAAGAGUUAAACUGCAGUCCAUUAAUCGCAGCAUCCCACUGGCUGGAACUGAUCAAACUGCGUCAGUAGGGAUGACUAAAUGGAGUUGAUUAUAUAAAAGUGUUUUAAGAGUUAAACUGCAGUCCAUUAAUCACAGCAUCCCACUGGCUGGAACUGAUCAAACUCCGUCAGUAGGGAUGACUAAAUGGAGUUGAUUAUAUAAAAGUGUUUUAAGAGUUAAACUGCAGUCCAUUAAUCGCAGCAUCCCACUGGCUGGAACUGAUCAAACUCCGUCAGUAGGGAUGACUAAAUGGAGUUGAUUAUAUAAAAGUGUUUUAAGAGUUAAACUGCAGUCCAUUAAUCACAGCAUCCCACUGGCUGGAACUGAUCAAACUCCAUCAGACAGGUCACUUCAUUGGGUCAGUCAAUUUAGAAAAACCAACAGUACAUUGUGUUGUGUUAUAUUGCAUAAUAUUAGCUGAUUUGAUGAUAGUUGUAACUGGUCCCUGGUUGUGUGUGGAGGCAAACACUUGGCAGGCCAGUUAGUGUGUUGUGUCUUAUUUAAAUUAUUUAUAUCUUCUGUCUCUGUUUCAUUAUUUUAUUCAACACUCAGGUUUCAGUGUGUCCAUGUGUGUGUGCGUGCGUGCAUGUGUGUCUUAUUUAAUUGUUAGUGUUUAACUCGUUAAUAUAUGUGGGUACAAAUAUUGUAAUAUAGUUUGUGGGUACUACAGAUAUGGCAAUAGAUUUAUUACUUUAACACUUAUACUAUCAUUUGAUACAAACUACUGUAAUUUUAAUGGCUUAUUUAAUAAUAUUACCAUUAUAUAAUUAUGAGAUUUUGUUCUGUAUGGUAUAUUAUUAAAACCCUGAACAUAAAAUUAAAAACCAGGCUGCUGUUCAAAAUGCAUUUUAUUUAUUUAUGCGCCAAAACCAAGUUAUGAAUGAAAUGUAAAUUAGAAAAGAUUUUCAGUCCUGUUCAUACAUUUGCAACAAAGCAUGAAAAUCUUUAUUUGUAAGAUUAUUUAUUUGAUUUCUAAUUGAUGAACUUUGUCAUAUUCCAUUCCAUGUGUGACCCCAUCUGACGGCUGUACCGAUACCCUAAAACUGUGUGCUGGGCUGAUUACAGGUUUAUAUAGUCUGUUUUCUGUGAAUGUGAAACAACAAUUCAGGGAUAUCUUUAUUUAUUAUAAUUAUUUCGGUUAUUGCUGUGGUGGAGUUUAUUUGUCCAACGUACAGUGUAUCUGUCAUCUGUUCAUGUGACUGUAUCUUACACCCCAUAUGCUUUGAUGGAAUCUUUUUAAUUGGCAUAAUAAAGUGUGGGAAUUGAAAUUAUUGCUUACAUAAUAAUUAAUAGUCUUAAUACUUUCUCAAACUAAUUGCCUGAUUAUGCAAUGACAAUUGUUGAUUAAGUCAAAUGUGAUAAAAAAUACAAUAAAUAAACAUUUUUGAAAAUAAAUUAUAUUGGUAUGCAGUGAUGAUCCAAAUGUUUUAAUAAUUUGAAUUUUUUUACAUUGUUAUAAUUAUAUGCUAAAAUUAUGUCACAAAACUAGAAUGCUUUGACAUUGUUAGAAGAGUUUUUGUUUUAAUGGCAUGCUCCUAUACACACCAGUUAAAUGUGUAGUGACAUCUUCACACUGGAAACUCUGGCUGGUUCUACAAAUCAAAUUGGCAAAGUAAUAUUUGUUUAACAACAAAACUACAUUUUACUUAUCACAAUUUGAUGUCUAAUAUGUUUAUUUGAACACAUCGGCUAUUAAGUGACAAAGGUAAAUACAGAAAUUAAUUUAUAAUCACCAUCAAUAUAAAAACUCAAAAGUUAAAUUCAAACAGUGAAACGAGAUGCAAAAAAUAGUCAUAGUGACAGUGGAAACGUGCUUCCAUCUCUUGGGCUACUUCCUGACAUUUGAUAACGGUAACGGUAGCAUUAAUACCUGGAUACUGGCGUGGUUAUCACCCAACACCCACACCUGUCCGAACAAGCAUUUUUUUAUCUACCAACACAAAUCAGUUUGAUGAUUGCGGUGCAUUCGAGAUUUCAUUCUUAGAAUCAGCUGGUAUGAAAACGUUUCAGAGGAAGACACAUUACAUUUUCAAACAUCAUAAUAUUCAUAAACACAAUGUUUACGGACAUUACUGUUGAGUAUUGUUCUUUUGGUGUGUUUUCACUUUAGUUUGAUUUCUGGACUUCUAAUGGUCUGACACUAGUGUUUUUGAUCAAUUGCUUAGAGUGACUUUCUGAUUUGUUAAAUUAUGCAUAAUAGCUAUAUUCCUCUAAAACUGAAUGACCUUGUACUAGACUAUGAUAGUUUGUGACAACAGAUUAUCUAAUAGCAUCUAUGAUAGUCUGUGACAACAGAUUAUCCAACAAAAGUGUAUGGUAGUUAUGACCACAGUUUAAAAGAACACUACUUGGUCUUGUUUUCAAAACUCACAAAUAUUUACUAGGGUUGAUUCAUUGUAGGAAGCCGUCACUCUUUGGAGUUUUUUUCUAUCGACUUUGGCCUUUGAAGUCUUCAGUAUUCUGUCAAAGCAUUUUAUUUUUGUGGCUGUAAUUUGGGUGGGGGUUUAUUACUACCCUUUAGCCAGUGGAAUGUUUAGAAUGCAUGAUUUUUGAAGUCACACCCUCGAUAAUAUCACAAAAGUUUUUGUCAGCAAUAAAAACAUUUAUUUAUGA